AUGCAAGGUGUGAGGAUCCCUGCUUGCUCCCACGACUGCUAUGGCGUUGCGCGCCUCGGUGGGGUCAAGGCUGUCGAGCAAGCGCCUGCUGUGCAGAGCGUCGCCAUGCUGAUUUGGCUUGAUGGUGCGGCGGGGUGCCCAACGGAGCCACGAUCUUCGGUAGGACUCAGCGGCGAUUCUUCGGGCCCUCAACAACCAGCACGCAUCGUCCACAUUGGGAUUCAGGGGGCGCGCCGCGAGCUCCCACCCGUGCCCAACACGUUCCCCCUCCUCGCCUUUGCGGCCACAGCGGCAGUGGGAAGCUGGGGAGCAUUCACGGUGUAUGCGACCAACAAGGAAAAGCUGUCGAGCAGCAUCUUCAAGUCCAUCCUGGCGCAGGUCAAGUCGUCACCCUCGGUCCACUCGCUCCUCUCGUCAACACCGGUGCUCAAGCGCGAACUGUGGCUGGGUGGCGUGCCGCAUGUAAAGGGGGCGGUGAACAUGAUGCAGGGCCGCGUGGAUCUGAGCUUCAAAAUCACCACCGACAAGGAGGAGGACGAGGCAACGGUGUACUUUACCAGCAUCCGCGCGCAUAAGCACGCCCCCUUCGAGAUCAUCCGCUUCCUCGUGGUCAGCGACAAGGGAAGCGUCAGCUUGCUCGACCAGGGUCUAACCACGAUCGACGACGAGGGCGAUAUUGUGUAG